AUGAUUUUGUAUGCAAAUAUAUGGAAGUCAUCUUCAAGUCUCCGAUUCAAAGCUCAUACAGCUUUCCUGGUGCUAACAAUCACUUCUGUCUAUUCAUUCUUCUUUGACAAAGUGGUGAAUGGGAAACCAGAUGCAUAUAGUCUCGUUUCAUGUGCUUCCUUUGCUAUCAUGUCACUCAGUUUGUCACGGCGAACUCAUUGCGGAGUUGAAAUUGAUCUUCUCUACUUCUUCCUCGGAUGUCUAAUUGUGCAGCUCAUGAAGAUUAGCUUGCAGUUACUCAUUCUUGGAGCAGGUUUCAGCUACUCCCUUAUUAUUCUUCGUUCUUCCCUCUCUUCAACAGAUGAUGGAAUAGAAAACGAGUAUUUUGACCCGCAAGGUGAAAAGUCACUUGUCCUUGAAAUGGAUUCAUUACUACUGGAACAGCUUAAAACUUGUAUGAAGGGAAUUGAAGAGGAUAAUUUGAAUCUCGUAGACAGGCUUAUGGAGCUCGUGAAGGAAUACAAUCUAGAUAAGAGUGAAUUACAUUUACUCGGUAAGUCUGAUUAUGUAAUGGAUUCUCUGUCAUCAAGAAAGAUCCAUAAUCUUAAUGAAACAGUGAAGUUGAUGGUAGCAGCUGGUUAUAAGAAAGAGUGUUGUGAUGUGUAUAGCAGUUGGCGCAAGAAACUCUGCAAUCGUGUCUUCUUGGGGUUUUCCUCGGCAGCUUCUAGUUGCUUCUUUGAGGUUUGCAAAGAAGCAACGUCUCGGCUGCUGUGUUUUGCAGAUACAAUUGCUUCUGGGAGCCCUACGAAAUGGCGUUUGUUCAAAAUGCUUCAAAUAUUCGGGCAUUUGGGUAAUCAUAUUCCAAGAUUCCAAUCUCUUUUCUUGGAUUCGACUUUACUGAACGAAGCAAUCGCAGUUAGGAAUAGAUUAGGAGAAGCUAGCAGGGAUCUUUUCAUGGAAAUGCAUAAUGUUAUUUUCGGAGUUCCUGCAGCAAAGGAAACUGUUCUGACUCACGAUCUUCACCGAAUUACUUUUGAGGUCAUGAGCUACGUGUCUCUUGCUUGCAUGUCGCGAAAAAAGUUGGAACAAAUUUUACAAGCAUACCCCAAGGUUGAUAAUCAAGUGGAAGCAUCUUCUUUAAUAUAUAAAAUAAAUAGCCUUUGA